CCAUUCUUCAACUCUCGAACCCUAGUCCUGGGAGGCUAGGCUUUGAUGAGGCUGAUUGGGUGGGGGAGUGUGAGCUGAGGGUGGAAAGUUAGCACUGCAGUUAAUUGGCCCCAGGGGUGAAGGGUGGGGGCCCUGGGGCUUCGUCAUCAAGGAGAGGCUAAGGCAGCAAUGUGGUCCCUGGGGCCCACCCUGGGCAAUGGGGAGACCACUCUCCAGGCCAAGCCAGUCUCCCACCCACCCUGAGGGGGGCUCAGGCAGCUGGGGAGGCAGCUAGGGGUGACCGCUCUGGGCACCCAGCUCAGUCACUUUCUCCUUCUCGUGCCCCCAGCUCCAGGCUGGCUACCGAGGCCCCCGACACCAUGGAGGAGUGGGACGUUCCUCAGAUGAAGAAAGAGGUCGAGAGCCUCAAGUACCAGUUGGCGUUCAAGAGAGAGAUGUCAUCUAAGACCAUCCCAGAGCUCCUCAAGUGGAUCGAGGACGGGAUCCCUAAGGACCCCUUCCUGAACCCUGACCUAAUGAAGAACAAUCCAUGGGUGGAGAAGGGCAAGUGCACCAUCCUGUGAAGUUCCCCCUACUCCCUCCCCCACCAGCCCUUUAGCCCCCAGCACCCUCGCCCAGCCCCCACACCCCCAACUGCCA